AUGGAUACGUUGUCCAGUCACAGUUCAUACCUUCUCCAGCAGCUGCAAGAACAGAGGAUUCAGGGGCUUCUCUGUGACUGUAUGUUGGUGGUCAAAGGCGUCUGUUUUAAAGCUCAUAAAAAUGUACUGGCUGCUUUCAGUUCCUAUUUCAGGUCCUUAUUUCAAAAUUCCCCCAGCCAGAAGAAUGACGUGUUCCACUUGGUUAUUCAAGACGUCAGUGGCAUUGGCCAAAUUCUGGACUAUAUGUAUACAUCCCAUCUUGACAUCAACCAAGAUAAUGUACAGGCGCUGCUGGACAUUGCCCAGUGUUUGCAGGUUCCCAAUGUCCAGAGCAUGUGCAAUGCCUUCCUCAAACCCUGUCCACCAUCAGUGGAGCCUGCGCCAUUCUCUCUUCCAAGUGUCCUCACCUCAGAACAUGACUGCCUCCUAGGAAGUGGACUUUCUCAAGAAGUGGACCUACACAGUCCAUCUGAAACCCAAAGGCCUGGGUUGAACAGCGACCUGGACCACACCAAAAGAUUACCCAUUGGAGUGCCUAAUAGCAGCUCAAACUGUGACACAUCUGGUGGCACGCAGGCACCUGUGGAGAAGCAACUUGUCCAUGGCUACAAGCUGCGUAACUUCUACAGCAAGCAGUACUUCAAACAAAGUGCAGAGCAAAUUAACAAUGCAUCCUUGAAUCAAGGUCCAAGCCCUUUAGUGGUUAUUGAAGAGCAGCAGCGUUCACUCGGGGUCAGUCAGGGAGCCAAUCACACCCCUGUGUGCUCAGGAAGCACUGUUAACCCACCCCCCCUCUGUACCUCAAAACCAGCUGAAAAGAGCCCCGGUUCUUUGUUACCGCCUGUAGAUCCUUUACCUCUUCCCAACUCUGACCCAGCAGACGCUAUGCUCAACAAGCCAGUGCGUCCAAAGAAAGCUGUCUACCUAAAAAAGUACAACUACCUACGGUCACAGAAGGUUUUGGAAGAGAUGUGUGCUGAAGCAGUCAGUGAACCAGUCCUCAGCUGUCCCAAAGAGAGUAACCAAGAAGAGUCUUUAGUCCAGAAUGAAGCUCCUGAAGCUCCUGUAGACUGCCUUACAGAAGGCAGAGAUGAGGUUCCUGAGACGGCAACAGCUGUCCAAAUUCCAAGUCCCCCACCUGUGGAUGAAGAGGACAAAAAUCUGAAGACGGUGUCAAACCCACCACAGUCAACCGGACACAAACAGUAUUGCUGUGUGGUAUGUGGAAAGAUCUUCAAACAUCCAAGCAACCUGGAGCUUCACAAGCGCUCACAUACUGGUGAGAAGCCCUUUCAGUGUAAUGUUUGUGGGAAAAAUUUUUCACAGGCUGGCAAUUUACAGACACAUUUGCGAAGACACUCUGGAGAGAAACCAUACAUCUGUGAAUUAUGUGGAAAAAGCUUUGCUGCAGCAGGGGAUGUUCAGCGUCAUAUUGUGGUUCACACUCGAGAGAGGCCUCAUCUGUGUGACAUAUGUGGCAGAGGUUUCAGCAACUUUAGCAAUCUCAAGGAGCACAAAAAGACUCACACAACCGACAAGACAUUCACUUGUGAUCAGUGUGGAAAAUCCUUCAACAUGCAUAGAAAGUUGCUGAAGCACAAGAUCCGCCAUGCUGGGGAAAAAACGCACCGCUGCGACACCUGUGGAAAGUGUUUCAUUGGCUCAGGGGAUCUGCAGCGUCAUGUGCGUUCACAUACUGGUGAGAGACCCUACUUCUGCAAUGCCUGUGGGAAAAGUUUCACCCGCUCUGCCCUGCUGAGGAGACAUCGUAACAUCCACUGCAAAGGAGCCCCGGACCACACACCAAUCGCAGACACCUCUGAUCAGCCGGGCAGCUCAGAUGGAGCUGCCUCGUUCUCCAAACCUCACAGUCACAGCAAACCCACUGUGGCUUCCACUGAUCAGAAUUUCCCCAAUGUGAUGCCCAGUGCAGAAACAGAGAAAUCUUCACCUCCUCCUCCGUCACCACAACCACCCCCACAUAUAGAGACUCCACCAACCAGCAUGCAUCUCACCCCAGCAUCUACCUCUAAUGGCCUCCCAGAGUUACGUUCUCUGGUGCCCCAGCACCUGAUCUCCUCUACCCACCAGGAGAAAGGUUCCCCACCACCUGCCGCAGACCACCUGAAACUGGCCAGAGCCCACCUACCUCAGGAGGCUGUGUAUGGUCUUUAUGUGGACAAUGGGGCCUUAGCAGUGGAGAUGGUGGGGGGUCUAGCUGGGAGGCCCUACCUGCCUCCAACAGACAAUCACUGUGGCUCACUCACAACAUCUAAUAGGUCCAACAUCGGCCCCUAUAGGGCCAGUGAGGGCCAAUUUAUCUCUAGCGUGACACUCUGGGGCCUGGCCAUGAAAACUUUGCAAAAUGAUAAUGACUUGGAGCAGUGAAUGGCUGGCCCAUGUUUGGACUUGCACAAAAUACCCCAUUCAUGAAACUUGUGCUGUUUCGCUGAUAUCCACUUGAUAUGUAUUUUGAAAUUAAAUGAAUGCAAGGGGCGGGGCCUUGUACAUCACUGAUUGAGAGCCAAGGGUACCUACCACUACAUGCUAGUUUUCAAGAAAAAAAAAGAACAAUGUGACACAUGCAAUACUUUGAAGGCCUAAUUUAUUGGGUUCUUAGCUGGCUUAGGUCAAUGUAAAAAAAAAAGUGCUUUCUGAUUUGUUUCUGAAGUAAUGAAAAUACAAUUUCAUUUGUUCUUCCCUUAACAAUAGUCUGUUGCCCAAGGAUGGAAGGGAGCCAAAAUCUGUCCAGCUAUGUGUUAUCAAAACCUAGAUAAAGAAUAAAUUAUACUCAGGUAUUUUAAUUUGUAAACUUUUUACUGUGCUUGAUAAACCUCAAAAUAGGUAAGCUUUUUUAUUUAUCAGUGUAAAAUAUGAAUGUACCCAAGUCGUACAAUCACAAAUGCAUAAAAUUUGCUAUUUCAUUUGUACAUUACAAUAUAAAUUGAUGUUAAAGAAAGUAAAUCAACCAUCAUAAAAUCAUAAAUCAGCCAUGCAUCCAGCAAUUUUACAGGUCAUACAUCUGAGGGUAUAGUAGCACUGUAUUACUGCCAUAGGUAGUGCCUUAUGACAAUAACAGGGUUGUAAUUUGCAGAUCAAUUCCUGGAUCAUGCGUUGCUGUACGUGUGUCUUAGUGAUUAGAUGAUGACUAUAAAGCCGCUACUGUUGCCUCAUUGUGUUCCGCAAUGCAAUGUGAACUCACUUCCCACGGUUUAUAAUGUCAUCAAUUAGACUACAGGGGGAGCCCGAACAUUUGUGCGACAGUGUGUGAUGUAAUUUGGCCCUCUGCAGCGCCACAUAAACUGCAAUGUGUGAGAGCUGGUCAUCACCAGCAACCCUUACUCUAUACUUUCACACUUAUGGGAAAAAUGCUUUGUAUUAGUCAAAGUAUAGUAAAAAUUAAUACAA